AUGCUGAGCAUCAUGAUGGCCAUGCUCUUUACCUUACGAGCUCUCGAGGAUCACCAUAUGUCACUACCCGGGGCCGAGGAAUAUCAAGAAGCCUGUCCAGAGGGGUCCCGUAGGACGUCGACUGGAGCCUUUGUCAAGCUUUUUGCUGCUACCGUAACAACAGUGGGGGUACAUGGGCACCUGAACUCCAUCAACGGCUCGCGUUCCUGGAAAAGUGAGCUAUUUCGUGCAAUUGAGGUCUCCACCAAUCCACUGGCGCCAGUCUUCUCAUUCUCAACAAGCCUCUGGUUUGGGUUCAUAGAUCUUUUCAAGAUUAGCCCGGGAUCUUGGGAGACGGAAAUCACCUUCAGGUAUCGGUUCGCGAGGCUCUGCGGCUGUCGUUGCAAUACCACGUUAGACGUUGAGCGCAAUUUUCCGCUCUCAGCCAUCGGCCCUCGUCACCUUGAAGCGACUCCACUCGAACGGGAUCUGACGUGGGUUGGCCGUGUGUUGGUCUUGCUCAUCUUACUUGGGCAGUACUCACAAGCCGCACUGUUGCUAAUCCGCCGCACUCUCUCCGACACAGCGGCAGCAGUGGACUACGCCAUGCUUCUGUUGGUUUUCUCUGGUCUGGUCGCUCUCUGCCAGUCCAUGACCAUCUCGCUUUUGAAUUUGUCUUGGACAUCAGAGAUUCAUAUUCAGCCCUGUACAGAGCCCUACUGCAGCCUCCCCGAGUGUAUUUCUUUCAAGAAAGAGCAAGGGCUACCCAAUAAAGCAAUCCGUGCCAUCGUUUUUGGUCGCGAUAUUGCGCCCAUCUCACGGACGAUUCUCUACCAUUUGGCGGGCGGUUUCGCCCAAUUGUCCAUUCUUGGGCACAAGCGAGACAGUUUCUGGAUGGUUCUAAUGCUGCUAUGGGGUGGACAAGUAAGCUGGCUAUCAUCGAUCUUCUACAUCGUCCACAUAGAUCGCUUGAAGGCCCUUAUUACCGGAGACCAAGAACUUCAAUUUAUGGGAACUAUGGACCCUACAUCAGAUCAACAACAGUCGGAAUCACUGCCAGCCCCGGUCCCAGAUGACAGCCAUGACACAUCAGAUCAACAUUCAGGAAUAUUGGUAGUCGCUAUUUUUUUCAUCGUGGGUAUGGCCGCUAUCGUAUGGCUGUGUAUGAACGUUCUCUUCCAGCUGUACUACCUCGUGGCCCCUUGCAUCAGCCUGUAUAUCGACAUUGUGUCAGAGACAGCAUCUUGGAAAAACACGGAUCCCACAAAGCCCUGUCCUCAGCUCUGGAAGGACAAUCUUGAAGAUGAGCUCUGGUGGUUCUGA